AUGGAAUCUCCUUCUCCUCCGCCGCCCCGACGAUCUGGUCGCCACAGAACGGCGCCGAAAUCAUUCAUCGAUUCGUAUCCCCUGCCGGGACCUUCUACGAGAAAAGCCCCAAACCCAAAGGCCAAGAAGAACGUACCUGGUCGUGGUACCAAACGACAGCAAGAUGAACAACAUCCCGCACCGGAUACAACGACAGACAAUACGGCUGGCUCCUCAAACCCUCUAGAAACAAAUUCUCUUCAAAGGACCAAAGCUGUUUCCAAGGGGAAAAAGAGGAAAGCUACAAGCGACGACGGCCCUGACGAUGCUCAGGCUGGCCCGAGCAACGUUUCUCGUGAUGUCGGUGACGACAGCAGACCCAGCAAACAAAGGAUAGUCGAAGAGCCGCCUACCAUUAUUCAUGAUUCCAUCGAGAUUCCUGCGGGAACAACCGAAGGCCCAGAGGCUGGCAUAGAGGCUGGCUCCGUUCCACGCGAUGAGUCUGAGUCUGUCUAUCAAGACGAGAACAAGGAGAAUAUCCCGCCGCCCUCCGAACUAUCAACAGCCAUUCUUAGCCCCGACGACCCUGAAUCUAGAUGGAGAACUUUUCGCGGCCGUUCCCGGGUGUCUAGCCAGCUUGUGGAUGAGCAUGAACAAAGAGUGCGGUCCGACAUGUAUGAGUACUUAAGAAACAGGGAAGAGGUCGACGACAAAAAACGUCGGGAAGCCAUUCGACUGGAUCAAAUCGACCACCAAAGUAUCGACAAUUCACUUGAUAUCGCCGCGAUCAAGAGACGCGUCAACGGCAACGAAGAGAAAGCUACGCAACUGGAACAGAAAUUCACCGCCCUCGAAGGGAGCACAAACAUAUCUACAACAGUCUACCAGCGGCAAAGCCACGAACUCAAAAGACUCGCCGAAAGGGUUGCCGCUCUCGAACAAGACAUGGCCGCACUCAAAAAUGCUCCUGUCCCUAGCGCAGCGGCGAUAGAUUUACGAAUCUUGAAGCGGCUCAGGGAAAUUCUGCACACAGACUCGAAGGAUCCAAACUUCCAGACGCUUGACGAUGCCUUUUACGACCACUUCGGCAUACAUUGGAGACAACUAAGCCACGAAAGGCAAAUGCCUGAUGCGAUUUGCGGGGCGUAUUACCUACGCGCAAAGGCUCGGUUGCGGCUUGGAAGGGACACGCUGACGCAACGUAUUGCUGAUGAAGAAAUCAUUAUUGAAGCUGAUCGGUUGGCGGGGACCUGGUUAUCCACGACCAAUCGUGACAAGUUGCUUACAAGCUUCUUGGACCACAAGUUCGUGGUGUUGUUUACGCAAGUUUGUGAGAGAGAAGCCAUAGGCCCUGACGAGCCCUCCCAACAGGACGUACGGCCUGCUUCAAGGAAAGCACGUCCACAGUUGGCACCAAGUGCCAUGGAAUGA